CCACAACAGAAUCCAUCAACAAGUGUGCUUUCACUCUGCACUCCUCGUAAAGCGACGUGCAUGACAAGAUGACAGAUUUGCCGCCCAUUCCGAUCAUUCUCGACUGCGACCCAGGGCACGACGAUGCGGUGGCAAUGCUCCUUGCAUGGGGCUCGCCGAGAAUCGACCUGCUGGCGAUUACGACUGUCGGGGGCAACCAGACGCUGGCGAAAGUGACACGCAACGCGCAGUCCGUCGCGGCAGUCGGAGGGAUUACGACGCCUAUCGCAGCGGGCGCAGUACGUCCGCUUGUGCGCCCCGUCGUCGUCGCAGACGGUGUGCACGGCGAGACGGGGCUGGACGGCCCGGCCCUCCCACCCCCCUCGCAGCCGCUGGACGCGCGGCACGCCGUCGACGUUAUUAUCCAGACAGUCGCUGCGCGGCCGGGGGAAGUGACGAUCGUCGCGACGGGCCCGCUCACCAACCUGGCGCUGGCGGUGCGGCAGGCGCCCGAGCUUGCGCACACCGUCAAAGAGGUGGUGGUGAUGGGCGGCGCCAUCGGCGUCGGCAACUGGUCCCCCGCGGCCGAGUUCAACAUCGUCGUGGACCCCGAGGCCGCGCAGAUUGUCUUCACUGCCGGGUGGCAGGUCACGAUGGCUGGGCUGGACGUGACGCACAGCGCGCUCGCGACGCCCGACGUCGUGCGCCGCAUCGGGGAUAUCGGCACGCGGCCGGCCGCGUUCGUGUGCGAGGCCCUCGCGUUCUUCGCUGAGACGUACAAGCGCACGCAGGGGUUCGAUGCGCCGCCUGUGCAUGAUCCCGUGGCGGUCGCGUAUGUCAUCGACCGCGCAUUGUUGCAGGUUUUGCAAGCGCCGAUCGACGUCGAGACCCAGGGACGCCUCACGACUGGCAUGACGGUUGUUGACAGGCGCCUGCCUGCGCCAGUCGACUGUAGGACAUUCGCUGCGACAGGGGUCGACGUGCCACGCUUCUGGGACUUGGUUGUGGACGCGCUGCAGCGCAUUGGCGAGCCGAAGCACACAUAG